GAUCAAAUGUGGUUUACAUUUUACAACAUGAAAUUGAUACUCCUUACCAGUUUAGUGAGCGUGGUCCUUGGAGGACGAUUAGAUUCUGCCUACCUCCCUCCUACGGUAGGAAGAUACACGCCUGGGAUAGGACCAUUUGGUAGACCAUUAGGAGUACUUGGAGGUGCGGGAGCUCCAUUCACGGGAGGUCCAAUAGUACCAGGAGCACCAUUUGCUGGUGCUCCUGGAGCACCUUUUGCUGGUGCACCAGGAAAUGUCUUCGGAGGCAGAGGAUAUUAUGGAGGUUACUAUGAUGGAUACCGGGGUGGACCACAAAUUCCUAUUUUAAGGUAUGAGAACAAUCCAAAUAGAGGUGACGGAUCUUAUAACUACUUCUAUGAAACUGGCAAUGGAAUUGUAGCAGAAGAAAGAGGGUUUCUAAAACCACUAGGUCCGGAAGGUACACAACAAGCUGAUGGAAGUUUCUCAUAUACCGCUCCUGAUGGUCAAAGAAUAAGUUUGCAGUAUACGGCUGACGAAAAUGGUUUUAGACCUGUGGGAGCGCAUCUUCCCACUCCUCCACCUAUACCAGAUGCUAUUCUAAGAUCAUUAGAACAAAAUAGAAUAGAGGAAGCAAGAGGAGGGUACACCGAUGAUGGGCAGUACAGAUCUGGACUGAACUACGAAGGAAGUGGAUACAGAUAUUAAUGGCCAGUAAAAUUUUAGUAAAAAGUCUGAUUUCAAUUGGUGUUAUAAAAAUAUGUUUAUAACUGCCAGUAUAGAUUAUUUUUCAAGCAAUAAAUAGAUUUUUGUA